CCUGGUUCGACGAGCGGCCAGCGAACUCAGCCCUUCAACAAUACCCUCCUGCUGAGAGAUGCAAUACCAAGAAGGAAACGCUCCAGCCCUCCUCACACACGACUUGCCUCCUCGCCCGUCGGCCUGCCUCGCCCCACUUCCAACCAACACCAUGACGCACUUCGCCGACCUCGACCCGCGCUCGCAAGCCCGCGUCCUCCGCACGUGCGCCCAAAUCGCCGCGACCUGGGGCAUCCUCUCGCCUUCAUCACCCUUCCCGAUAGAGUACCACCCGGACCCGGACACCUGCGAAUGGGGCCUCGAGCUGCUCGAUGCAAUCGCUAAUCUCGCCAUCACCGAAGCUGACCGGAGCGUCGCCGUAGGCAACGUCAUCAAGAGCAUCAAGUGGAGGAACUGGGACGAGGAGAAGGGCGGGCCAGAGGGUUUCAUGGAGGGCGAUUACGUCAUUAGGGUCGAGGAUGUGGAGUGGGCGAUUGAGGAGUCUAGCAGGAAGCAGUUGGCGAGUUCCUAUCGGCCGCGAGAGGAUAAGAAGAGGAACAGAAGGCGUCGCCGAGGGUAG